CAACUUUCCAAAUCUUUGCAAUCCCAUUCAACCACAUAAACAACCUACUCUCUUAUUUUUUCACCACAUUUCAAAGAAACCAGGUUUGUUUAGGGGUUUUUAAUACCUUACGGUUCAAUUUUGAAGGUACGUCUAGUGAGAUAAAAUUUUUAUCGCCCGAAACAAUACUAUUUAAUUUUCCCAAUUUGGUGCUUCGUGUUCCGGUGUUUAAUAGAAAUUCCAAACGUGUACAGAUAAAUUUCCAAAGUAAUAUUUUUGAAUUCGGAUAUAUUUAUACAGAAUUGUAAAUAAGGCUAUUUUAAAUUAUGGAAGUAUCGGAAAAUAUCGUUGUAAAUAAUUCUGUUGGUGAUACAUCAUCGAAAAAACUGAGUCCAUGGGGAAAAAGUCCUCCUGUGGCACCGUGUUCCUUGGCUUCGGUUAUGGAUGAAGAAAUCGCCAAGGAACUUCAAGCUAAAGAGGAUUACUUGGCUGGAUAUCAUCUUCAAGUAGACAAAGCUUCAUCUGCUAACACGUUUGAAGGUGAUGAACUAACAUUGAGGGUGAAUCUUUAGGAUAUGGGAAAAAUAGGAUUGUCUUCAUGUGACAUUCACUUACUGAGAAUCCCUCUGCACUCAUACUUCCUCUCUUUAUUCCAUGCGAAUGUUGAAUCUGUGGUGAUCCGUUUUUUUACAUGGAACAUGAUUUCCUAGCAGUUUCAGUCUUGUGUGAGCAAUCUGCUGUGACCCAAGUAUGGCAUUUGCUUGACGUUCCAGAAAUCCCAGUGUGACAAAUCUUAAAGUAUAUGUUGAACAUGAUUUUCUAGUAGUUUCGGUUUUAAGUGAGCAAUCUGCUGUCACCCCAAUAUGACAUUUGCUUCACACUUCAAUCACCUCAUCAAACAAUGUGUUACUGUUUUUUUGUGUUAUUUUUGAAUUUUUGAAAGUAGUAAUGCAUUUUAUUACCUUUGCAACAUCAUUGUGUUGACUUUAAUAAAUGCUAACAAUCAAUGCUUAAGCCUUUCCACACUGAUGUCAGUAUGCAUAUUCUCCAUUCUGCUCCUUAGACAUUUCCUAAGGUGUUGACAAAGAGAAUUUGUCUAACAAUCAAGAGCUUCUGUAGUUGGUGAUCAUUUCCUUUAUUUUCAUGAUAUUAAUGUACAUGUAUAUGAUUCAGGGGUGAUAUCAUCAGGAGUGAUUAGAUGGUAGUCACUCAAAGGCAUCAAACAGUUAAUUCCUUGACAGGGAAGACAAUCAGUUUAAUGAAAUAAGCUUAUUUAGCAUUCAUAAUUUUGAAUACAAGUGUUUAUUCUACUAUCAAGCCUUUAAAGCCUUAUCUAGAGUGACUAGCAUCUAAUUUCUUCUAACACCAUCAUGCCUGAACCAAACAUUAUUGACCAUAAGGAUAGAGAAAGUGAUUACCAACUAGAGCAGCGUAUGAUUAUUGGACAAAUUUUCCUUGCCAGCAGCUCAGGACAUGUAAAGAGAUUAAUAAUUAAAAGUGACUUAGAUGAUAUUUCCUCACAAUGUUUUGUUGAGUGUAAUUCUAAAUUAUGCGAUAAAAUAUUGUUUUUUUUUUCUAGGAGGAACAAGUCCAGACACUGAAAAUGAUUUUCUCUUGGCCCAAAUGAUGCAACUUGAGUAUGAUAAAGAGUAUGAUCGCACAAUUGAUUCAAUGGAAAAGAGAUACAAUGGGGAAAGUAAAGGUAUAAAAAUUAGAACUGGUGGUAAGUGUAAAUUUAUGCCGUGUUGCAAUUCUUUAUUGAAAUUAUUUCACAUAAAACAGUCGUCAUCAUUAUAAAGUUCCUGGGGAUAAACCUCAGAAGCCCUUUAGGCUAUCAGGUAAUUCAGUUUUAUCAAUUGACAGAGUUGACAAUGUAAAUUAGCCAUGGUAUAGGGUUUCUAAAGCUGUUUCAGGGUUUAGAGGAGCAAAACAAAGGGCUCCAAUGAUGGGCUAAUCCUUGGAACAUCAGCUUUAGAAACUCUUUGCGAUGGCCAAUUUAUAUUAUCAACUCAGGUGAAGAUACCAAAUUAUCUUGUAAAACAUCGCACCAAAGUUUGAAAUUGCAAGGGUUUUGGUUUUGCGUAGAAUUUUCUCUGGGUCAGACCCUCUCUAGCUGUAGUUAUGUGUGUACUUAUGACAAGUAAUCUUUUCUGGGUUAGCCAGUACACAUAACUUGGGCUCACUCAAACUUUCAGAGGUCUAAGAUAUUUAGAGCUGUUUGAAUUAUUGUUGAUGGUAAAAAUAAAAGUAAUCGUAAAAAAACUUUUUAAGUUAGUUGGAGGUUAUCAUGAGUCAACACUUAUGAAUUCCUUUAUUCACAGUGAUUUGUACCUUUUCCUGUAUCAUAACUUGUUUCAUGUUAAUUGUUUUCAGUGUCUGUAUCCUUUGACAAUUUCCGCAAUGUUCAUCCAAUCUUGAAGGAAGAUUCCAGCUCUUCAGAUUCAGAUGAGUGGAAUGAAGAGGAAUUAGGUAGUUACAUCAAGUUGAUUGUUCCUAGCUGUUUUCUACACUCUUAAGUUAUAAUCUGUAAAAUUCCUCUCUCCUUUAAUUCCUUUAUUUUCUGGCAGUAACAUCAUCAAACAUGUACAUGUAAGAGGUCAUCACUAACCUGGACAGUGUGAGCUAACUUGACUGAUAGAUUUAGGCCUUAGAAUGAGAUAUAUGAUAGAUUUAGUCCUUGGAAUGAGAAUUUGUGUAACAAUCAAGAGCUUCUUGAGUUUGGAAUUAUUUCCUGAAUGUUAGUGACCUUUAUGUUAUUCAGGAUUAAAACAGUGAAGAGAAAUUAAAUGGCUAUCACUCCUAGGGGUUAAGGGUUAAACUGACCUGAUAAAUUCUAAUUCAACCGUACAGUCACUGAUGUUGUGGUUAUAUUGGCCAAUAAGUUUCCUAAAAUUAAGGCAGAAUUGACCCUAAAUUUUAUUAAGCUUUUCCAUAUUGGUGACCUUCUCAGCAACUUUAAUGGUCUAAAUGGUUUUCUAAUCAUGGUCACUGUGAUUAAAAUUAUAUAUUGCAGCUUAUGUGGCUGUAUCAUGAACAAAAUCUAUACCAUUUGAUUAACAAACUCUGACUGAUAAUGACAAUUGAAAUUUCAGUCUUAACUACUCUUACCUGGAUGAUAACACCAGAUGACUCACUCUUAUUGUCAAGUUCAAACCAUUCUUUUUAAAAAACAUUGUUAAAAAAAAAUAUUUGGCAAUGUUUAGUUAUUGAUCACUGAGCCCCUGAAAUAACUUUCUUUUAGUUUAGCACUUAAAUGAGAGCUUACAUACAAAAAGUAUAGGCAAGAAAGUAAUGUCGCAGUUCAGAAAGUUUGGCAUGUUAUAUUUGAAUAAAAUGUGUGACUGUGGUUUUCUCAACAGAUCCUCCUCAUAGGCAUCCAAAGCCUCAGACCAAACAAUCUUCUGGCAAUAAUAAAAAGGAAAUAAUCACCAAACAUGAUUCAACAGUGUGUGGUCGUCGUAAUGUAAAGAUCAUGGAAAAGGUGAGAUCUAAUUCAAAGUAAGAGCUCCUUUUACCAUAUUUUUUUUAUUUUUCAUAGGAAUUUAGGGGAAACGUUUGCCAAUAUAAUAUUGUUAAGUAGUGAGGUGAAGGAGCAUUCAUAAAAGAACUGUUUCCAUUGAGUAUUCUGUUGUGGUUACCCUCACAGUUUCCACCAAGUUUUGCUGCUGGUGAUAUUGGCAGUGCAGGACUGGAUCUCAAGCUUUCUAAUGGAGUGUUCAACACUUUGAAACAACAUUCUUACCGUGAAGAGCGUCAGAGUGCACGUCUCCACGAGAAGAAGGAACAUUCAACACAUGUAGGCUAUGAUAUUCCUGUUUGACUUUAAUGAUUACCUUGAGUCUCAAAAUACAUGAAAGCUUAAAUUGUUCAUUCUUACUUUCACCACCUCACCCCCAGGGCAUUAUGCCAAGAGCCUCCUCCCCCUUAAAACAUGUAAACCAAAGGACCUUCAGAUGGAAGCCCUUAAUUAAUAGAGAAAACACUUGGGAAACCUCUCUAGCUUUUUAUUUGGACUCCUUUUCCAACUUGCACUAGGCAUGUAAAAACUCAUUUUUCAACUUUGAAUUGCACUAGGGACUUAAAAACUCAUUUUUCAGUGAAGUUUUGAAAAAGCUCUUUGGCAGGUUCAGAGCCUUGUAAAAUUAUAGAAAAGUCAUAUGAUCACAACUACUUGAGAAAAACUGGGCUACUCUUUACACCACCUUUGAAAAAAGACACUAAAAAGCAUGGUAGUUGUGAUCUAACAGGGAACUACUUGAUGGAGUUAAAGAAUUAACAAAUGAAACAAACCAAUUUUGAGUCACCUUGCUUAUUGCAACUGUAUCUGGGUAUGAAUAAGAAACAAAUAUAUUUUUCAAAAAAUGUACUAUUAAGUAUGUUUGGUAAGAUAAUUAUGUGACAUGUAACAGUUGCAUUAUAUUGAUUGUUUGUUUUAGGAGCAAGUUUUAGACCCCAAAACAAGGCUGAUGUUGUACAAACUGGUGAAUGGAGAAGUUCUGGAGGCUGUAAAUGGUUGUGUCAGUACAGGAAAAGAGGCUUGUGUGUUUCAUGCUAAUGGUGGAAGGUUUGUACCAGCUGUAGUUAAAUGCAUUGGAAGGGUUUUAAAUGAAAGGAGAAAACAUUUUCUGUUUUGGAGAUAUGGAAUUUUUGAGUCAAAGUUUUGGAAAAAGACAAUCCUCUGAAGGGUGAAUUUUGAGGGAGAAAUUGUAUCAUUCUGUAAUACUUAGUAAUCAAGUAGAAUGUAAUUACGGUUCCAAGUCUUCAAGCUAGCCUAGUAAGGGCAAGAACUCAGGGACACAAUUGUAUUGAAAAUUUUGAUUGGAAGAGAAGUGUGACCUGAUAAGAUAUCAAAAUGCUCUGCUGGAAGAGAUCUUCAGGCUCAUUUCAAAAUUUACUGAAGUAAAAUUUUAAGGGUAGUGGGAAAAAAAUAUGCUAGCUUUUAACCCUUUAACCCCAAAGAGUGAUUGGCAUCCAAUUUCUCCUUACAAGAUCAACCCUGAAUAAAACAUAAAGGUCAUGGGAAUAAAGGAAAUGAUCAAAACUAAAGAAGCUUUUGAUUAUUAAACAAAUUCCCCUUUUCAGAACAUUAAGAAAUGUUUGGAAAAGUAUGGAGAUUAUGUAUACUGAUUUUAGGGGAUCAUUGUAGUCUGGUGGUUGUGGUAUAAAGCACUCUAUAAUACCACUCACCAAAUUUGUUCUUGGUGGCCUGCUUUCUUGUUGACUGUGCUCUAUUAAUUGUCAAGUCACCUCCAGCCAGAUGGGAUUUUUGGCAAAUUUGUGUUAAUUUAAAAAUGUUUAAUUUUAUUUAUUUGUUGACAUUAUCACUGGAAAUGCCCAUUGAGGCAAGUGGUCAAAUUAGUAACUUAAAUGAUUAAUAUUAUCUUUUUGUUACUGGAAAAGAGAUGUCCUUGAUUAAAAGAAUUUUUGUUUUUUAAAUGAACAGGAGAGAGGAGGAACCAAUGCCAGAAGAAUGUGCUGUCAAAGUGUUCAAAACAACUUUGAAUGAAUUCAAGACCAGAGAUCGGUACAUCAAAGACGAUCAUCGUUUUAAAGAUCGCUUCAGUAAGCAGAAUCCCAGAAAAAUCAUCAAGCUAUGGGCAGAGAAGGAAAUGUGCAAUUUGAGCAGGUGUGUUGUGUAUAUGUUUGUUUGAAGUGCCGUCAACAUUGCUAAUCGUAGCAGUAUGCAAGGCGUGUGUCAUUAAUGAACUUUGUAAUGGGCCUCCCUCACCAUCAAAUCUCUGUGGCUCAGUGGUAGAGCAUUGGAGUGCAGAAUCCCAAGGUCUGAGGUUCGAUUCCUCAUGAGAACUCAGAAUUUUUCUUUGUCCCAUGCUCCUGAUAAGUGAAAAACAUCUUUCUCUAUACGUUUGUUAUUGCUCAAUUUAUUACAAUUUUUUUACUUUCAAGUAUCCAUCUUCAUAGUCACUAUUAAUAGGUUCCAUUAAAAGAAACUCUCUUCCAGUGAACUCAAGAUCCAAGGAUUUGGCCAGCAUUGACUUGUGCUACUCAUAUAUCUACAUAUUAGUGUACAAUGGUGGACAUUAUUAAUUAAAAGGACUUGGACAUGAGCUACUGCAACUUCACAUAAUGCCAUAGUGCACCUGUAAUAACUUAGCUGACAAAAGGAUUUGAAUUUCAAAUAAUUGGUUUUUGGGUGGUUGUUGAAAUAACAACAUUGAAACAUAAUUUUGAAAAGUAGUGGCAAUGUUUCAAAGGCUAUGUCUUAUAUGUUUUGACUUCCCAGCUUCUGGCACUUAAGUUACUCGGACUGUAAAUCUCCUCUUUUCCCCUUCCCAUGGGCAUGGAUGCUAGUCCUUAUUGCAAGCCCCACAGGAAUUUGUCAUGUAUUUGCGACAGUGUGCCAGUACUCAUUUAUAUACCUGAAAGGUAAAACAUUGUAGGUACGGUGGAGUUGAUUGUGUCUUGGCCAAGAAAAGAAGAAAAUCAUGGAUACAAACUUCUCCAUUUGAUAAGGAAUCCAGCCUACUAACACACUUAGCCACCAGUCUCUCACUGAUGUAGGCACUAAUUGGGAAUUGUUUUUAAUUCAGAAUGAAGAAAGCUGGUAUUCCAUGUCCAUCAGUGGCACUCCUGAAGAAACAUAUACUAAUCAUGAGUUUUAUUGGCAAGAAUCAACAACCUGCACCUAAACUGAAAGAUGCAGUUCUGUCUCCACGCCAAUUACAACAGGCUUACCAACAGUGUGUUCAGGUACAGUAUGAUAGUCAUAUAUUCACAGUUGUUCAGAAACUGCUGCACAUGAAUUCAUUUCUCAACCUUAUAAUAUUAGAUGGAAAUAAAAAUGUAAGAAGAAAUGAAAAAGAAACCCCAGUCAUUUUAAUGAAAUCUCUGGAAAGCCAUAUUAGUUUUGUACUUAAGUACUCCAAAAUUGUGUAAAAUACAAUUUAAUUGCUCAAAGACAAAAUCCAGUGGCCUGUGGCAGUUAGGCUCUACUAGAACAAAAACUUGAUAAAUAUAUAUUUUGAUUGAAGAGAUAAUGUUGUGAUAUUGCAGAUGAUGUGUACAAUGUACCAGAAAUGCAAGCUGAUUCAUGCUGAUUUAAGUGAAUAUAACAUGUUGUGGCACGAAGACAAAGUCUGGUUUAUUGAUGUCAGUCAGUCGGUAGAACCAAUGCACCCCCAUGCCUUGGAGUUUCUCUAUAGAGACUGCACAAAUGUUGUUGAGUUCUUCACCAAGUGCCAAGUUCCAGAUGUUCUACCAGCUCACGACUUGUUUAAUAAGGUCUCACAAUUGGACAUCACACCCAGCACAGAACAAGGUUUUCUUUCCCAGGUAAAAACUCUCUUUGAGACCUUGACUCUCACCCUCUGAAUCCAAGUUUUCAGUCUUCAGCUGUCAAAGUUCUCUCACAAAUGAUUUCUCAAUUCUCUUUCUAGGUUCAAGCUUAUGAGAAACAUGAACUUUCCAUUGGAGGGAGAAAGAAUGAAGAGCCAUACGACUUUGAUUACUUUUUUAACAAGACAAGCACUUAGUUGGAAUGAUUGGUUUUAGAAAUUACUCACAGGGCAGAUGUAUGCCUUGACUCUUCCAUUACAAUUGAUGAAAAUUGCUUCUCAAACAUCUCCACUUUGUGGUAGAUUAAUACACUGUUGUGUAGAGGUGUCUCACAAAAAAAAGAGAUGUACAUCUGUACCUGGUAGAACAUAAGGCAUGCCCAUCUCUAUCUGGGCAAGUAUACUGGACAUCAAGAACUGUAUGUCUUAACGAUAUGCUUGAAAUAAAAUUGUGCUGGGAAUUAGUGCUGAUAAUUUAAAAAAUUAGCCUUUUCCUCAAGUUGUGGAAUGACAUUUUAACAAUAUUCAGAUUUCUAACACUCUGCAGACUUUCCAUUGCAAAACUUUGACUGCAAGAAUUAAAGAAUGAGAACUUAACAAAGGAGUUACAAUCUUGUUUAAUCCAUAAAUACACGUACAGUAGACUGAAAUUGAAAACUUUAAAAAUAAUAUUUUAAAAAUUGAAGUAUAGUUUUACUUUCUUACUUGUAACUGCGGCACUAUGUAAAUUGUUUUGCUCCAUUUUACGACUGUCAGUACUGUUGUGAAUGAAUU